UUUCAGCGGGGCAGUGGGCAGGUUUGCUGUUGUCGCCCGGGACGUUUAGACUGCGGAGACUUUACACAUGGAAGUCUCCCCCUCUUUUUUUUAGCACAUUUAUUUUUACGCAAGUAUGCGAUUGAUUUAACUGUUAAAAUUAGCGGAGCGUUGCGUUUCUUUCACGGAAACUCAAAUAUCAAAGUCACUAUGAACUCUCUGUUAUCAUCUGUGCGAUCCCUCAUGGAAAUGUUUGAUGGCAAAGCUCAAGAAUUCAUCAAUGAAAUUGAUAAUGUCCACAUGGUUUGGCUUGAGGAGAUCCAGCAAGAAGCCAAUCGCAUGUUCUCAAGAGAUUUUAAUGCAGAACCAGAAUUAAUGCCGAAAACACCAUCACAGAAAAAGAAUAGUCGCAGGAAGCGUGUGUCUCUGGGGCGUCAAGAAGAAAAUCAAGCCAGGCGAAGAUUUUCAAAGGGAAGACGGAGUAACCUUCGGGGCUCUGGAACCUCUGUCAAAUCACUGAACUUGAUUGCUGAAGAGGAAAAUAUUCCGGAGCCCUCCACCUCUGAAGCCAGCAACACCACUCAACCUAAACGCACCACUCGCAAAAAACAGAAAAAGCCUGAGGUUGCAGAGGAUGUGAGCUUGUCACCGGACAGCAGUAAAACCGAAGAGGUGCUGAACAAGAAGCCAGAGCUGGUAGAGGAAGCAGAGGCGGACAAAGAAAACAAGGUGAACAAUGCUGAAGUCCAACCUGAUGACAUGGGCAGCACUGCCCAGUAUCCUCCUAAGAUACCCUCCCCUGAGGUUGUUGUCAGCAUCUCUCCAGCAGAACGCUUGUCUGCUGAACUCGCUAAAAACUCGGUGCUCUCUCCUGGCCGUGCAGCUGCUAAGAUCGCAAUAGCUGGAACUUCUCAAAGCUCAAGGCGCAGCUCCGUACGGUGCUCCCUCAACCUCCGUCACUCGCUUGCUGGUCUGCGGCACAGUAUGACCCAGGAAUCUGUUCGCAGAGCCUCACGCCGUUCAAUGCUUAAGAGGAAAGCAGCUCGUAUGGGCAACUCCACAUGUAGCAGCAACAUUGGUGAUGACUCUUCAGUGGACUCUGCAGAUGAGAAGGAUGAUGUGGCAGAAGAUGUACCUGCAGACACAGUGGAUAAUGCUGUACCAGAAAAAUCUAAGGAAACUCCAGAGAUCCCGAUUAACCAGCAUGUUGGACGCAUCACUCGUUCUGUGGCUGCAAACUCUCCAACACUUGCGCCUCCCACAUUUUCUGUCUUUGAUCCAAAAAUGAGUACUCCAGGAAAAAAAACAGCUGUCGCUGAGAAGCAACAAACUUCCCAGUCCGUUCGCCGGUCCAGUCGCAGUACUAAACGCAAAGCACCAGACACUGUAGAGGAAAGUCCCACAAAGAGGUUCUCUCCUCCCAAGAAAAGUCAAAGUGCAAUGAGACCAAACAUGAGAUCUUUUCUCCACACUGUGCAGAAGAAUCAGAUGCUGAUGAUGACUCCAAAUUCCCUUGGCCGAACCGCUGUGAUCAAGUCUUUCAUCAAACACACCACUCCUUUGAAGAUUGAUCCUAAGUUGAGCAGUGGUAUAGUGACAAAAGAGCGUCACAAAUUGGAAGCCCUUAAAAAGAAGAUGGAGCAAGAGGAGGAGAGGAUGAAGAAAAUGGAGGAGGAGAAGAAAAGAAAACAGGACGAACUUAAAAGGAAGAGGGACGAGAGGUUAAGAAGAGUGUUUGAGGCUAAAGUAAAAGAAGAGCAAAGGGAGGAAGAAAAGAAAAAGAAGAUUGAGCAAAAAAUGGCUCAGAUUGAUGAGAAAAAUGAUAAGCGUCAGGCAGAGGAGAAGGCCAAGAAGAAGGUGGCCCUGAAGCGCCAAGAGGAGCAGGAGCAGAAGAAGAAGCUGGAAGAAGAGGCCAAAAAGAAGAAGAUUCAGCAGGCGGAGGAGGAGAAGCGGCAGCUGGAGUUCCUGGCCAAGAAGAAGGCCGAGGAGGAGGAACAGCGAGCUCGUAAGCUGGCUGAAGCUCGCAAAGCUCUGGAGUUGAGGAGGGAGCAGGAGAGAGAGCUGGAGAGAGAACGACUAGCUGCUGCUGAAAGGGAGCGAGUGGAAAAAGAAAAGGCAGUUGCUCUGCAACGUGAACUGGAGCGAGCAGCGAGAGAAAAGGAGAUGAGGGAACUGGAGGAGAGAAGGAAAGCACUUGAGGAAAAAAGAAAACUGGAGGAGCAGCAAAGAUUGGCUGCCAAAGAGAAAGCUCUUAAAGAGAGUGAAGCCGCCAAGCAGAAGGAGGCUACACAGACCCGUGCUGCCUUAAAUGUGACGGUGGACAUUGAGCGCUCAGUUUUGAGCACACCUGUAGGAAAAGGUGGUGGCAUCAAUGUGGUGGAUUGUGAGCAGUCCUCACCACAGUCAUACGUCAUCACACCAAAAGGCAACAACAAACCUUUGAUUACGUCCAAAAAUCCUGAGGAUUACGGGAUGGAUCAGAACAGUGACGACUCCACUGACGAUGAGUCUGCACCGAGGAAAGCUAUUCCGUCCUGGGCGGAAGGGCCCAACCUGCAGCAGAUCAUCAUGAAGCAGUACUUCAACCCUCCUGAUUUAGACUCUUUCUUCGGAAUAGUUGAGUCACCGAGACUGGAAAACAUCUUUUACAAGAGCAAGCCUCGGUAUUUUAAACGCACCAGCUCAGCGGUGUGGCACUCGCCUCCUGGUGGAACCAAGUAAUGUCUGUACACUCAUGCAGAUGUACACGCUGCUGUAUGAAGUUUAAUUCUUGAAAGUCUGUUUUCAAUAAAGUAACUUGUUUUUUUUC